UAACAGAUUUUCAACCUUUUAAUUCAGCAAAUGGAGAAGGAUUUUUACGUAUGAUUAAUAAGCUUGAUCCUGAGUUUAAGCUAUCAUGUUAUGUAAUGAUAAAAAAAGAUAUUAUUUAUAGAUAUCAAGCUGUAUUUCAAGUUAUAAAGGAAAUGAUUACUCAUACCUGUGAUAUAGCAGCUAUAACUACAGAUCUUUGGACAUCUUACGCAAAAUCAGAAAAUAUGGAAUUAUAUGAUAUAUUAAUUUGUGUUGCACUAAUUAAUUAUCCUCAUAAUGGUAAUAAUAUCCACCAAACUAUUUUAAUUAAACUUCAACUGCUUGAAUUAGAUAGUAAAGUAAAUGUAGCAAUUACUAACAAUGGUAGUAACAUGAUUAAAGCUAUCCAUGAAUGGGAUAGUGUUAAUCAUAUUCCAUGCAAUAAUAAUAAUAUUACUAUAGAUGAGGAUUCUGAAGAUAAUGAAAGUGUACUUGAUGAUAAAGAAAGUGAUGAUAAUAAUGAUAAGGAAUAA